GCGGCCCUGGGAAGGGCACAUGUAUGGCCCCCAAGCUCUCGCUUAGGUUGGAUAAAUCACCAGUUAAAUCCGCCCAUUUAAUACAUAAGCCCGCCCGCUCUGUCACGAAAGCCCGCCUUCCGCUCGCUCACUUUAGAACUUUCUAAGUCACCCUACGCCUUGAAUCGCUGCUAUCGAGCUAGAGAUUGGGGUGAAACUGUCACAGCAGUAGGUGAGUCACCAAACUACAAAGUGGAGGAAUAAACCCCUCGGUGCGUUUAGAUUUCCUCACUUCUCACUGAGACGUCACGGUACAGGCCAAAGUCGAGCCCUUUUAAGCACAGGACCAAUGAGAACGCAGCUUUGGAGCCGAGCCCUCUCCAAGGGAACCAAUAGCCACCUCCUGUUGUUGAUCGAGCCUCCUCCGGUCAUGUGAGAGCUGGAUGCCAGCAUGGAAGGUAGGAGUCACUGCAGCGCCAUGUGGGCCCGUGGCUGAGGCAGAGGGAUCCCAGGAUCAGUAGAGAUUACUGACUUUAUCCAGUCUGAAGAUCUCCAGAAAUCAUUCUGCUUGAGGCGCCCCUCUCUUUGCUCUGCAGGGAGCAAGGUGUUCCUCUCCUCUACAUAAAAUGGUUUCCAUCAGUUGCAGCAAACCUCUCCCUGGGGCUGAUAUUAUUUCUAAUGCUGCAUCUCCAUGUGACUUGACCAUGGCAAUUUCACAGUGGGAGGAGACACCAGUGCCCACAAUAAUGAAGACUAAUGAUUGCUCUUCUGCCAGCUCCCUGGAUGAGCAGCUUAACAGCACUAUUGCCUUUAAAAAAGAUGAGUGUGAUGAUUUUCCUCAAGAAGGUGGUCUUCAGGAAGAAGUGGGAGGUAUUAUUUUCUCUCAUUUGGUAAGGACUGUGGAUGAUACCAAGGAAACCACCCAGUCUGCACAUCUAAAAGUCCCAGACUUUUCUGCUGCUUUCCCCCAGGAAUUUUCUCCCACAUUAGAGGAAAUUGAAGAGUUUUUAAAGGACAACAUGGAUCUCAUACGUGAGGAGCUGGGUGAAAAUCAGGCAAUUCCCUCUGGAUGGCUUCAGAGCUGUAAGACAGGUGAUCAGACGUCACCCACAAGUGAAAUACUCUCGGGAGAGAAGUUGUCCACUCCAGUGACCCCAGAAGCUUCCACAAAUUCACCUUCCUCAACUGGAACUAUACCUGUUAUCCUUCAGAUUCAGCCAGUGCCUGGGACUUCCUCCCCAGCCCAAAGCUCAUCUGGCACUGUGCGUGUGGCACAGCUGUUAAUCAGUGUUCAGGGCCAGAGUCUGGCAUUGGCACCCAUGCCAGGACCUGCUUCACCUGGGGACCAGAAGUAUGUGAGGAUUGCUCCACUUCCAGUAGCUGUCCGACCCCUCACACUGGGAGGUGUGUUUGUUAGUGAGGGACAGCAAAGGACACAGAAGGGGGCAGCAGCUGUAAUCAGGGUACACAAGUGUAGCCAUCCUGGUUGUAACAAGAUGUACACCAAGAGUUCACACCUUAAAGCACAUUUCAGGAGGCAUACAGGAGAAAAACCUUAUGUGUGCACAUGGCCUGAUUGUGGCUGGAGGUUUUCUCGCUCUGAUGAGCUGUCCAGACAUAAGAGGUCCCAUUCUGGAGUGAAGCCCUAUCAGUGUGUAGUUUGUGACAAGAAAUUUGCUCGCAGUGACCAUUUGUCGAAGCACAUGAAGAUUCAUCGCGGCCAGAGGGUUGGUGGAACGCGGAUACCCCGUGCUAGCACUUAACUUCUUUCCCUUUCCCAGUAAUUUUAAAUGGACACUGUGAAAAUAUGGUCUUUCCCAAAUACAAGUCCUAGGUCCUCCAGGUGAUAAGGGAAUGUGGAAGCAGGCUUUUGGUUACAGUCUGUUUAACCUCUUCGGCACCAUCUUGGCACCAAAUGGAGACAUUUUGCUCAACUGAUUUUUUUUUUUUGCAAAUUUCUCACAAAGCUGUGUUGAGGUGGCUUAAUAUGAAUCCCUGUGGAUCUAAACCUACCUCUUCUGACUGACUGUUACAUGCAACAACUUGGGCACACCAAAACUCUGACCUCUACUAUAAACAAUAGAGAGUCCAUUCGCACCAUCCUGUUGAGUUAAUAAUGUCCAUUGGCUGAGGAUAUUGGAUUUAUAUUGUCAGGUUUGUUGUCCUAUAAAACUUUUCUGUCCUGGUUCCUAAAAUGUCACACUUAGUUCUUAAAUUUUAUUUGACGGAUGCACUUCUCUUAAAAGUCUCUAAGCAUUUUAAUUAUAUAAAUAAGUGUAAUAAUUCCUGCAUCCUGUCUGCCUUAAGUUACUCAUACACACAUGUAUUAUGGACUGCAUACAGGAUUCAGUUUGGAAUUCAGUUCAAUUGUAGCACUUCUAUUCAGAUUUGAAUCCUUAGUGGUCAGCUGAAGCCUAAUAUCAGUUGGCUUUAAAAACAAUGGACGGCUGAAGGGGACAACAUCUCUUUUAUUUAUAGAUAAUUUGUUUUUCUUGAUUUUACUCAAACUUGAAUUAGUAUUUGGUUUCCUAUUUAACCAUAUAACUAUAACUGUUUCAGUGUAUGUGUACCAAUACACAUAUUAUACCUUAAUUUUCCUAUUUUGCCCCAGACAUACACAAACCUAUCCACUGACACUGAGAAAGCAUAGCAGGUUUUAUGUUAUAGUGAUGGCUCCAGCUAUGAAUUAAAGCAACAUUUUAAAUAUGA